ACUCCCCCAACUCGCUGAGAACAGGCGCUCGAGUCGAUCUUUGCACACCAAAGGGUGAACUAAACAACAGGGGAAAAGUUUUAGCCAGGUUGAAUACUGUCAGCCACACUGAAAACAGUCUGACUUCAGCUCGUAUACAGCUAUUCUGGCAGCGCCUCGGGGGCAACACGUGUGUCAUGAAUACGUCUUUGCGCACUCGGCACCGGUGACUCUCUUUGAAUGUACAGCACUAGGAAGAGCGCAGAAGACGGAUGUAACGCAAUGAACUUUGUCGGCAACCACACAGCGUAGCCUUGCUGUUUAACGCUCUAAAUUGGAUAUACAUAUUCUUGUUUUGUACUUUGAAGGAUUCGUAUUUAUUGAUCAGGGUCUAAAUACACAUCACAAACGCGUGUUUCUCAUAGCCUAGAAGGAUUUACUAAAGGUUGUACUAAUGGGAUCACACGGGCCAGGACGUAAACGAACAACCAGCAAAAAUGGAUUGACGGCUGAGGAAGAUGCUCUCAACGUUAUUGCUAGAGAGGCUGAAGCCCGUCUAGCAGCUAAGAGGGCGGCCCGUGCAGAAGCUCGUGAGAUCAGAAUGAAAGAACUUGAGAGACAACAGAAAGAGAUUUAUCAGGUGCAGAAGAAAUAUUCUGGACUGGAUAACCUGGACAACAAAUGGGGGGACAUUGAGCAGUGGAUGGAGGACAGUGAACGGUAUACACGCCUGUCACGGAGACAUGCUUCGGUCUCAGAUGAUGAAGAACGGAUAUCAGUGGGGAGCAGGAGCAAUAUUCGGUCGGACUUGGAUGCGUCAGGUGGUUAUGGCGGGCUUCCACAGAUCCCAUCCUCUCAUUCACAUAAGAAGUCCAAGAAAAAGAAGAAGCAUUCUUCCAAGACUAGCAAUGGCUAUGAUGAUGAUCUCAGCACAUUAUCUAGUCGGAGCUCCAGACUCAGUGAUGAGAGCAAAAGGUCUCUUUCCUCUAGGCGUGAUCUGCAGUCGAGCACCUACUAUUCUCCUGAACAAUACAGCAGCAGUAGUUAUUCUUCUAAACAUCAAGGCCUCUCCUACAAUGGCUACAAGCUAUCUCUUCUGCACAGCAGGAAGCACAGGGGCCCUGUUUACGAGGACAGUCUCUACAGCGGCUCUCGACGCUCCAGUGUUCGUGCUUCAUCUGAAUACAGUGGUUUUAAGGGGUCAAGCUCUAGGACUUCAUCCAGGGCAAAUUCUGCGUGCAGCAGCCCUGUGGCUGAUGACAGGUUAGAGCGUGACUACUUGGAAAAGGGCUCUUCACGAGCAUCAACGAUAUCUGGCACUACUCUCACCUCUCUGGGCGGGACGUCUUCACGGAGAGGAAGUGGAGAUACAUCUUUCACUGCAGACACAGAAGUUUCCAUACGGGAAAUCAAGGAGAUACACGAGCUUAAGGAUCAGAUUCAAGACGUGGAGGCGAAGCACAUGCAGAACCUCAAAGAGCUCAAGGAGUCACUAAUGGAAGUGGAGGGAAAGUACCGGAAGGCCAUGGUGUCCAAUGCACAGAUGGACAACGAGAAGACCAAUCUGAUAUAUGAAGUGGACAUUUUAAAAGACUCUUUAAUGGAACUGGAGGAAAUGCUCUCUGAAACACGACGUGAGCUUGAGGACAAGAGUAAGGACUUUGAAAGAGAGAAGCAUGCACAUAGUAUACUGCAGUUUCAGUACAAUGAAUUAAAAGAGACGUUAAAACAAAGUGAAGAACUGCUAACUGAGAUCCGUCAGUUACGACUCAAACAAGACGGCUUUGUCAGAGAGGUUUCUGACCUUCAGGAAACUAUUGAAUGGAAGAAUAAAAAAAUUGGGGCAUUAGAGAGGCAGAAGGAGUUUUCCGAUGCCAUUCGGAAUGAGAGAGACGAGCUCAGAGAUGAGGUUGUUCAGAUCAAAGAUAUUUUGAAGAAACAUGGUAUUGUCCUUGGACAUGAUCUAGCCACCAAUGGAGAAACGGGUGAAGACGUGGGAGAGACUGAACAGAGUUCUCAGACAUCAUCUGUUGAGAUCCGAGAGGGGAGCAGUGUGCUAGGCACUCAUCAGUUGAAGAUGUGCAAAGACCAGGACCGAAAAAAUUUGGACAAGGAUGUGAAAGAGAAUCAAGUGUCUUCACAUGUCCCACUGAGCUCUACAGAGAAAUCUUUAGAUACAAAUGAGAAUGGAGACUUAAGGGAUGAAGUAAACCAGAGUGAAGAGCAACAGUCUGAUAACAUACCUGAAUCAAAACCUCCAAGUUCUGUUGGUGAUCAUGAAAUCGUUGAAACAAAAUCCACGGAUGAGAUCGAAGCAGAGCAGCUUGUAUUGGAAGAUUCAGGGGGUAAUACUGUGGAGAUGGAUGUUCACACAGAUGGACCUAUGGAAACAGAUCAACAAGAGAGCAUAUGUGCCAAACAGAUCAUCAAAAAAGAAACUUCUCUAGAGUCAGUCUCUGGUCCAAUACUAGAAGAUCAGCCUGCUGAGGAUGUGCUUGAUAGUAAAAGCAAGCCUGUAGAGAAACAUGUUGAAUCUUUACACACAGAGAAGGUUCCACAAACCCAAGGUGCCAGUGUUUCAAAUAAAAAGAAGAAAAAGAAGAAGAAAAGCAAACAGAAACAGAAACAAAGUGACAAGCUGGAGAGCGAAGCAAAGAUAGACAGCAAGAAUGAAAAGGUCUUAAAUGAGGAUAAUCCAGACCUAAAUCUAAAAAGUGAUCAAGAGGGAAACCAUGAGGAGCACUUGAGGAAUGACGUAUCUAAAGCAAUACAAACAGAAAUCCCAGCUGAUGUUACACACGAUGAUAAAAGUAAGGUUGAAAUGGACUGUGUCAAAAAAAUUAUCACAGAUAAACAUGAUGAUGCUGGAGAUCGAUUUCAAGUUAUUCCAGAUGUGGUUGAUUCAGCGGAGAUAUCAAAUUCUGAAUCUACUAAGAGUGUCCCUUCAGCAGUCAGUAUCUAUAACCUCACAGACCAAACUGACGUUUCAGCAAAUCCACCCCAAGAGGUUUCUUCAGAAAACGAUGCUUUGCUGUCUUAUGAAGUAUCUGAUAAGAUUGUGGAUACUGCUGACAGGUGUGUGGAAACACUUGACUCUGUCAGCAGGUCUGACAACAUUGAGAAGUCUUUGAUGGGAGAUGACACAGAAGUGAAGAGUCACGUGGACAGUGAUGCAUUAGUAGAGGAGGAAAAGCUUCAAAGUAUUGAUCCAGAAGAGACCGCUUUCUCUGGAGAUAAUGAUGAGUCUGUUCCAAAAUGUCCUUUAGCUUCCUCUGUCACAGAGAAGUUAGAAAAUGAAAGUGAAAAUGUAGUUAAGGAACAAUCAACAUCUCACAAUAGUAUUGAGGUGGAGCAGAAAGAGGUAAAAACACAGGAAGAUGAAUUAGUUGAGGAAGCUCUGCAUAGUGGAGAAGCUUUUAAUGAAGACAGUAAUAUAGACACAGCUGUAUCUGAAUCCCAACUUGUUUUAGAAAAAGGUGAAGAUGAAGAAGAGGAAAGAUCACUGUAUGAUCAGCUUCUACCUGAUCAGGAAUCACUGGGAGCCUCGGAUCAAGAAUCAAAGCUUGAAAAGGGUGAUCAUAAGAAGGAAGGAUCAUUUCAGGGACCGAUAACAAUUGAUAUGCAACUGCCUGGUGAGGUGGAGAAUAUUCUGGCAGACAAAUGUGAGAAGGAAGAAUCAAUCCAGGUUAUGCUUGAUGUGGAGAUUCCUGGAUAUGAUAAAGGUAUUCUUGUCGAAAAGGGUGAGUGUCAUGAGAAUGAAGUAUCAAUCCAGGAUCCGGUUAUGCCUCAUACUCAACUGCCUGGAGAUAAUGACGAUGUUCUGAUAAAAGAAGUUGAGGAGCAUGAGAAGGAGGACUCAGUCCAAGAUCAGGUCAUGCUUGAUACAGAACUGUAUGGAGAGGAUGAAGGCGUUUUGGUGGAGUUGGUUAGAGGUUCCCCAGAGCUCAGAGAAGACGCUGAGGAGGAAGAUGAAGGAGAAACUUUUGAUUUUGAUGAAAUGGAUCUUGAAGCAUCAUCAGACGAUCCUCCAAAGCACUGUAAAGAUCAAGUAAGUAGUGAUGUUACUCUGUUAAAAGAAGUGCACGAAGCAAACAAAGAAUGCCAAAGUGAUGCCAUCAAUGAAGACCAUAUUCAAGAUGAUGAUGAACCUCUGGGAAGUCCAGAUCAGGAUUCUGAGCAACAGAAGCAGAUGGAUGAUGAAAAUACAAUUGGAAACCCAGAAACAAUGACAGAGGUAGAAACAUGUUUAACAGAGGACACUCAAGUCUACAAGAAAGACAUUAAACCUGAUCAUCAACAACAAGAAUGUACAGUUGAGAAGCAUCAGAAAACAUCAGAAGAAUUGAGGCACAGGGAUCCGAUCUCAGAGAUGGAGACAAAAGAUGUUGGCCAAGAGAUGAAAAGUUUGAUUAUCAAUGAAAACCCAGGAAUUAAGACCUCACGAGAGCAGGAAGCUGAGAGAGAAACAACAAUGACCAACAAAGAAGAUGAUAGGAAGGAAACUAAAAAAAGUAGCAAGAAAGGAAAAAGCAAGGGGAAAGAGGAUUGUAAAAUGUCUUAAUAUGCCAUGAAAAUUCACACUUGAUUUGCUCUGCAUCUAAAGUGCACUUAUGUAGGUCCCACUGAUAGUAUUGUGGAACUGUUACUUUACCAAGACUUCUGAGAAUCUCAUGGUAUCAGUGUUGUCUUAGUAAUGUCUUAUCAGUCAUGUCAUUUUCAUUAUAACUGUUUAAGGAAACAUAUUUUAUACAGGAAUAUUUCAGAUCAAAUUACUGAAUUCAUUUACAAUAGGUCAAACAAAAUGCUUGGUUUAAAAAAUGUUCACACUUGCUUGAAUGGUGGAACUAAUAGAUGUAAAAUUCCAUAUUUAUUAGAAGUUUUUUAAAAGCAUGUUAUACGAUGUUUCAUAAAUAUAAAUUAAUAAAAGUUUUUCUUGCCUGUCUUGGAAGUUAC